AUGAUUCUAUUAAUAUACUUGUUCAAGUUAUUAUCGCUAUGUGAUUCGUACAAAAUCCUCGUCAUUAAUCCGAAAUUCGCCUAUAGCCACAUGAAUUUUAUGGGUAAAAUUGCCGAUACACUCGUUGAUGCUGGACAUGAAGUGGUCACUUUCCAGCCUAUAAUUGAGCCGUUAUAUGUUGGAAACGGGACUACCAAAUCUCGUUUGAUCCAAAUUGGUCCAUUCGAGGAUCUUCUCAAGGAAAUGUCCGUACUUCACGAUAAAGACCUUAUGAAGCCGUUGUGGACGGCCAGUGCAUCAAAUCCAGUUGGAGUGAUCGCGUUUGUCCCGAUGUUAUCCAAAAUGACAGAGAUGGCAUUAACCAAUGUGCUGGAUAAUAAGGAAAUUCUGCAACAACUGAAAGAUGAAAAUUUCGACGUCGCAAUAGCACUUUCGAUCAAUCGGAUUGGGUGCUGCAUUCUCUUCUGUGUUCCCUGCUUUCUCUCGCGCGCCGGUGGCGCUCUGUCGGUCCCCGUUGGCUUCGGCGUGGUCGGCGUUCUGGAAGCGCUCGGUCUCAAGAAUAUUAUCGGAGCGCAUACGUGCGUCCUUAUGGAAGGAACAUCAUUGGCUAUAGGUGCACCUGUGCUUCCUAGCUAUAUGCCAGUGAUAAGUAGCGCUGCCAAGUCCCGGCGUCUCUUGGUGUUACGAAUGAUGCGACCGACUUUUGGACACGUGCCACGAAUCUUUUGUUUCACGUAUCUCUCGUGGUACUUCCAGACAGGAAUUGCUGGUGCAGCUGAUCGAGUCAUGAAAGCGAAACUUGGACCAAAUGUUACUCCAGUCUGGGACACAGUGGCCAACAUAUCAUGGGUGCUGGUCAAUUCUGAACCAUUGAUGGAAUUCGAGAGGCCUACGCUGCACAAAGUUGUCGCCAUCGGAGGAAUUGGAGUCCAUGAGCCAAAACCGCUUAGCGGCGUUAGAAUGGGAUCGUGUCCUGAACCUCAGGAAACAAACUGUACUGAUCUCGUUUGGCACGGUAACGCAAAGCAGAUACAUGCCCGAAUCAAUGAAAAAAGCCAUCAUCAAAGUCGUCAAGUCGUAACCGACAAACGUCUAACACUUUUCAUCACACAUGGCGGUGCUGGAAGUAUGAUGGAGAGUGCACUCCGCGCAAAACCGCUUGUUGUGGUCCCGUUGUUUGGCGACCAAACGAGGAAUGCGAAACUCAUUGAGAAAUUUGGUUACGGUAUUCUUCUGGAGAAAGCUCGCCUUCUCAACAGCAAUGUGCUGCACAGUGCCGUCGAACGAAUUCUUACCGACUCUAAAUACCAAACAGCAGCCGACCGAAUCAGCCGACUGUUGUCACAACGGCCGUUUAGUCCCGAAGAGAAACUGGUAAAAACUGUUGAAAUGGCCGCAGAAUUCGGCGAUAUACCGGAGCUGAAAGUGGCUGGAAGAAACUUAGGAUUUAUCGUCUAUUAUAAUUUUGAUUUAAUAUUUAUACUAGCAGCGAUUUCUGUUGCAUUUAUAGGUUUCGUAUUAUAUGUCAUAUUUCGGAUUUUUAAUCGUUAUUUAGGAGUAGUGAAAGUAAAAAUGCAAUGA